CUCAAUCUCUGACCACCCCUACGCCCGGUAGUCACCCUGCAGCCCUUCUGAAGCUCAUUGAAGGCAUAACAACGCAUCAUGUCUGUGGAACGAUUCGACUGCCAUUACUGUAAGGACACUUUGCUCGGAAAGAAAUACAUUUUGAAAGAGGACACGCAAUACUGUACAAAGUGUUACGAGAAUUUGUUCGCUAACUGUUGCGAGGAGUGUUCUUUGCCAAUCGGGUGCAACUGUAAGGACCUUUCCUACAAAGACCGACACUGGCAUGAAAAUUGCUUCAAGUGUGCCAAAUGCAGCAAAUCAUUGGUGGACAAACCAUUUGCUGCUAAAGAUGACCUUCUGCUUUGCACUGAAUGCUAUUCCCAUGAGUACUCCUCAAAGUGCACCACAUGCAAGAAAACCAUUAUGCCAGGUUCACGAAAAAUGGAGUACAAAGGCAACAGCUGGCAUGAAACGUGCUUUCUGUGUCAACGCUGUCAGCAACCAAUGGGAACAAAGUCUUUCAUCCCUAAAGAUAACAAUUACUUCUGCGUCCCUUGUUUUGAGAAGCAAUUUGCCUACCAAUGCUGUGCUUGCAAAAAAGCCAUUACAACUGGUGGUGUCACCUAUCAAGAUAAACCCUGGCACCGUGAAUGUUUUACUUGCAUUGGAUGCAAGAGACAACUGGCAGGCCAGCGUUUCACCUCACGAGAGAAUUACCCAUACUGCCUGGACUGCUUCAGCAACCUGUAUGCCAAGAAAUGUGUGGGCUGCACCAAACCAAUUACUAGCCUGGCAGGUGCGAAGUACAUCUCCUUUGAAGAACGCCAAUGGCACAGUGAAUGCUUCACCUGUAUGCAGUGCUCCGUUUCUCUGGUGGGCCGCGGGUUUCUAACCCAGCGUGAUGACAUCCUAUGUACCGACUGCGGCAGGGAGAAGUGAGCUCACCUGAGUGUCUCACUCAACAGUAUCCCAACUGUUGCUGGACAGCUUCACACAAUGCUUGUGUAGGCAGUUGUUAGUUUUGUUUUGCUAAAACGGUAAAGGUUUGCUUAUACUAAAUUUGGUUUUCUCUUUUCUGUUUGAAUAAAUGAAACAAGGUUGUGUAGAAAGUCUUGACGAAGAAACACGAAAGCUUAAUAGACUGAUGAACUGAAGUGUGUAGUGAUGUGUAGGAUGCAUAAUGGAAUCGCAUUUGAGAUUUGUACUUCAAGCUCACACUAAAUGUGUAUUUUUUUUGUUAAUAAAUGUCUAAUUUCUU